AUGGCCGAAGAUCAGAUUCUUGACAACGGGCUCCCCCAGCUGAACCGCUAUAUCACCGAUCAUAGACCGGAUGGGAAAGCAGUAUUCAACACUGAGAUUCCGGCUCCUUUGAGCUGGCAAAAACUGCCAAGCGGUUCAGCAAUUGCGCUGAGCUAUAGCACGACCGAAUUCCCAGCCAAUCUGGACGGCGGCAAAGAUAUCGCAAAAUACCAGUCUUAUCUUCAGAGUCCACCGGGCCUCACUGUUCCCGGUGGAUCCGUACUACGUGUCGUUGAUCUGAACCCGGGAUCGCUCUCCCCAAUGCAUCGAACACUCAGUCUUGACUAUGGAGUCGUGAUGGAGGGUGAAAUUGACCUUCUCCUCGACUCGGGUGAAGUCAGACACAUGAAGCGGGGGGACAUCAUCAUUCAACGCGGUACCAUGCAUGCAUGGAGAAACCCCAGCAAGACGGACUGGGCUCGUGUUUUUUUUGUGAUGCAGGAAUCCCAGCCUGUGCAGUUGGAAGACGGAAAGACUUUGGGAGAGGAUGACGGGAUGGGAACUGCAUGA